AUGGAACAGCAGCAAAGCCAAGGCUACACGGCUACACGGGCCGGCCGCACCAAAAGGGCAGAGCCCUUCCCUGCGCCUCCCGCGACUCUAAACAUCAGAUGGGAGUUCAAGGCCCCCUCCCUCUUCCAAAGAACCACCCAAGCUGCCGGAGCAAACACAUGGUGUGCCUGGAACAUCCCGGCCGGCUUCAUCCGCAGAGGCGUUUCCGAUGAUGACUUUUCCUCCCUCUGA